CUAAUGAAGAGGCCCAUCAUCAUUCAUAAACUUUUUUGACAAAAAAAACAACUGAGAGUGUGGUCUCUUCCAAUUUGCCCUGAAAACAAGUUGGAGCCGCUGAAACACUCUACUGCCCGGAAGUCGUUGCCGGAGUUGAUCGUCAACCGCCACUAAAACUUCGUCCAGAGGAAAAGUAUAUUGUAGCUGUUCACGACAGAAAUGAGAUUCGCAGGAGCUCUCAGGAACAUUUUACGGCCUCUCUCACUCUCCUCCUCAACGCCUCUGACUUCACAAAUCUCCACCACACUCCCAUCUUACAGCAAACCACCCCAAUUCCUUCUACCCUUUUUGAAUCACUUUCACACCUUGACUGACACUCGGUUUCCCAAGAGACGACCUUCCGAUAAGCCUCGUCGAAAGCGGGCUAGCUUGAGACCCUCUGGGCCUUAUGCUUGGGUUGAGCACACAACUGGUGAAACCAUACUUCCCAAUAAGCCUAAUGAAGGGAGUGUCAAGAGGAGGAAUGAGAAGAAACGCAUGAGGCAGCGCCGUGCCUUUAUACUCGAGGAAAAGAAAAAAAGGAAAGCUCAGAUGCAAGAGGCUCAGCGGAGGAAAAACAUUAAGAAGGUAGAGCGUAAAAUGGCUGCUGUUGAAAGGGAAAGAGAGUGGGCGGUAAGAUUGGUCGAAUUGAAGCGCCUUGAGGAGGAAAAGAAAAAGUCUAUGGCUUAAAUUUGUUUAGGACCUCGUCUGCAAUCAGUAAUACUGGUCAAGUUUUUGGGCCUCUUAAUAAUUUGAACCCACUACAGUACUAUAUCCUCAAUUUAUUUAUGUUGUCUAAUGAUUGAGUGACUGCUUAUUUUAAGCAAUUCUUUAUCGACACUAGGAAGUGUGAACCUCCUCGCUUUUUUUGGUUCCUCAUUACUCUGCACGUGUGUGGUGUUAAGACUGUCGGUAGUAACAUCACAUGUGGGUUUAGAUCUUUCCAUAUGCACGGUGAGCUUGUAUCUUCCCUCUACAUGUCCCAUAUAAAAUUUAAAUUUUCAAACUCA